CUUAGUCGCCAUGAUGGAUCCACGCCACAGGGCCAUGCUGUGUUGAGUCCUUUGUCGCCCUGGUGUUUUGUUUUAUAAACUUAUCUGGGAUAUAAAUAUAAACAACAUAGAAAAUGGAAGCAGUCAGAGCAUUCAACAAUGAGUUAUCAUCUUUGUAUGAGACCAAGCCGCCCAUAUCUAGGGCAAAAAUGGCAGCAGUUACAAAGGCAGCCAUUAAGGGAAUAAAGUUUUACAAGCACAUUGUUCAAAGUGUUGAAAAGUUUGUUCAAAAGUGUCGUCCUGAAUACAAGGUGCCUGGCUUGUAUGUAGUAGACUCCAUUGUAAGGCAGUCCCGUCACCAAUUCAGCCCUGACAAGGACGUUUUUGUCCCAAGGUUUACCAAGAACCUUAUCGCCACUUUUCAACAUCUCUUUAAAUGUCCCCCAGAUGAAAGGAGCAAAAUUGUCAGAGUACUCAACCUGUGGCAAAAAAAUAAUGUUUUCCCUGUUGAAGUCAUCCAGCCUUUAUUGGAUAUGGCUGUUGAUCCAAAUAAUCCGCAAGCUCUGGCCUCAGCCCAGCAAGCUGUUGAAAACAUGUUGGCCAAGAAUUCAUCUCAGAAGCAGCAAAGUAAGCCACCUGUGGAACCCAAGGCAGAGCUGGAACCCCCAGCACAGGAGGGGAACCAUAGUGGUGAGGGAGAGGGACAACAGCAGGGAGCAGGGGGCUGGACAGGAUGGCAGGCUGCUGCUGCUGACAAUUCUGACAUGCUGAAGACAGUGACAGAAUUGAUACAUGCUUCUCAGCAGUCUGGAAGUCUGUCAGAUCAGGCAGCUCAGCUGGAGCAGCUUCAAUCUUUGCAACAUCAACUUGUCCAGCAGAGCCACCUAUUGGGGCAAGCACAGACAGCACAACAGCAGCAAGCACUAAUGGACAGUAAUUUACUUGCUCAGAUCACUGUUCUCACACAGACUUUGCUGAAUAAAUCCCCUCAGGCUCAGGAUUCAGGUUUCAAUAAAAAGUUGUUAGAUUUUGAUUAUGGUGAAAGUGAUGAUGAAGAAGAAAAGAAACCUUCAGUAACGCCAAAUAAUUCAGGCAUAGGCAAUGUACAAAGCAUACUUAAUGACCCAACAGUAUUACAGCAGAUCCAACAGAUGUCCCAGACACUUCAGAAGACAGAGCAACUCCGCACUGAGCUCCAACAAGAAGAAAUGAGACAGCAGAUGUUGCAACAACAACAAGAAGAAUUUGACCAACAGAUCAUGCAAAGCCAUGAUUCUCAGGACUCUAGUUUUAAUCAGAAGUUGUUAGAUUUUGAUUAUGGUGAAAGUGAUGAUGAAGAAGAAAAGAAACCUUCAGUAACGCCAAAUAAUUCAGGCAUAGGCAAUGUACAAAGCAUACUUAAUGACCCAACAGUAUUACAGCAGAUCCAACAGAUGUCCCAGACACUUCAGAAGACAGAGCAACUCCGCACUGAGCUCCAACAAGAAGAAAUGAGACAGCAGAUGUUGCAACAACAACAAGCAGAAUUUGACCAACAGAUCAUGCAAAGCCAUGAUUCUCAGGACUCUAGUUUUAAUCAGGUGUCAGAUGGAACAGCUGCAACGCGUGGUGAGCCCCCUUUACCUGGUGAACAUCAAUCUUCUAGUAGGGAGGACAAAAGGCGACGGAGAUCAAGAGACAGAUCAAGGUCACCCAAUAGAAAGAGGAAAAAAAGAUCAAGGUCAAGAGAAAGGAGAAAACGUUCUAGAUCUCGGUCACGUUCAAGAUCAAAAGGACAUCGUAGAUCAAGGUCCAGGGAAAGAGAAAAGGAAAAGAGGGAUAGAGAACGUGACCGUGAAAGAAGAAAGAAAGGUUUACCACCUGUUAGAGAGAAGCACCUUGCUAUUUGUUCCACCACCUUAUUUAUUGGACAUAUUGCCAAAAACACCACAGAAGAGGAACUCCGAGAAGUGGUUGAAAACUAUGGACAAGUUACAUCAAUAAAUAUGAUACCACCCAGAGGCUGUGCAUUUGUAUGCCUAAAUGGAAGAAAAGAGGCCUCCAGGGCAGUAGAGAAACUGAAAGGAAUAAAGAUUAAUGGUAGUGCUUUAAAGACUGACUGGGCUCCAGGUAAAGGUAUCAAGGAGUGCCGUCUGAAUGAGUUCUGGGACAAGGAGUUGGGAGUCACAUACAUUCCAUGGAACAAGCUCCCUGAGGACCUGUCAGAGGCAGCAGAGGGAGGUCUAAUUGAUGAAGAGACCUUACCUGAAAACCUUAAAGGUGCCAAAACAAACACAGACGAGGACAGCAUGGGGACUCCAUUAGAAAAUAUGGGAACUCCCAGCUCCCAGUUUAAUCUUGGUCCAUCUGCAAUGCCUACAGCUCCCCAGUUCCCACCAACUUUAAUGGGUAUGAUGCCUCCAAUGGUGCCAGGCAUGUUACCCAUGAUGAUGCCACACAUGAUGCCCCCUCUCCCCCCUGGGGUCCCAGCAGCCAUGCCAGGUGCACCGCCACUCCCCAGUAUGCCCCCAGUAGACCCUAACAAGCCAGAACCUCCAACAUCUGCAGCCCAGGCUCAGCUUAACAUGCAACCAUCUAGCACAGUGCCCGGAAGAGCAGGUGUAGGGGGAAGCAAUCAGUUAGCACAGGCCAUACAAAACAUAGUAGCCAACUCUGCCUCCAUUACAGCAGUGGCCAACACCUCCACUCCUGGUAUGAUGGCACCACCGAGACCCAGGUUACCUGGCAUGCCUAAUAUGCCCAACUUUGGUAUGCCACCUCCAGGGUUUGACAUGUCAAAGCCACCCCCAGGAGUCUCAGGGGCGAUGGGUGGUGGUCCCCAGGGUGGCCCCCCAGGUGCCAGCAAUGGACCACAGUCAGGGAAAUCUAUUUCCGAGGUACUGCAAAGUUUCACUGGUCAAACCAGUAUUCCAAAGCCCCAGCAACCUCAGCAGCAACCUCAAGACAUGGACAUGGAGAUUGAGGAUGAUGAUCAUGAUCAGAGUGAAUCUGCUUACAACAAACCAAAUCAUUUUCAAGGGCAGUCUUUAAGUCACCAGCAACCUGUAAUGGGAAUUGGUGUGAUAGGUCUCAGAGCCCCAAGACCUGACUCUAGUCCUCUUUCCAGGGGUCCUGGAGAACCUAGGCCUUCAGGGCAGGGAGACUUUAGACCUAGAGGUAUUAUUCCUGGGAACCUAUUAAGACCAGAUUUAAGUCCCAGAGGAGGAAGUAACAUGGUAGGACCCAGGUUCCCAGGACAAUCCAUUGGUCCAGGUGGCAGUCAACCCAGACUGCCUGGGCCAGAUAUUAACCCUGUCAGAGGAAUGGGUCCUGAUGUGGGCCAGCAGAGAUUUCCUGGUCCAGGAGGAUCACUUUUACGUCCUGGAGGGCCAGAUGUCUCCCCACAGAGACAUCCAGGUCCUGACAUGGGUCCUCAGCGUCACCUUGUACCAGAUGCUGGGCCUCCACCUCAGAGACAUCCUGGGCCUAACUUGGGACUUCCCAGGCUUAUUGGUCCACCUGACCGAGGCUUGCCAAGACAUCCUGGACCUGAGAUGAGUCCACAGAGACCAAUGGCACCUGAUAUGGGCCCUCAGAGACACCAAGCUCCAGAUAUGGGAGGCCUCCAGCGAUUGCCAGGUCCAGAUCUAGGCCCUCCACGUCUCUCUGGACCAGACAUGGGACCCAGAGGACAGAUGGGAGAUAUGAGGCCCAGAUUAGGGGGUCCUAUGGGUAUGAACCCAAUGGUAAUGGCCUCAAGGCCUGGUGGAAUACCUUCACUGAUGCAACAACGAUUUGGACCUCCUGGUCUCAGAAUUGGAGGCCCCCCGCAACAGGGUAUCUUUCCCCCCAGGUUUGGAGGUAUGGGAUUUCAGAGUCGUCCUACGUUAGGAUUCCGUGGUCCAAGCCAGCCUGGUGCUAUAGAUGGUCCUGGAACGUUUGACCCACCUCUUCAGGGAUUCAAUGGAAAUUCUAGAGAGGAUCAGUUUCCAUUGGAUCAUAGACCAGAGGAGGAUCAUUUCAACAGAGAGAAGUCACAACGCUGGGGAGGAGAUAGAAAUUCAGAUUUUAGAGGAGGGAAUGAUAAUAGAGACUUGAGGCAUGAACAAAGAGAAGACAGACAAGGCAGGGACAGAUUUUCUCGUGACAGAAAUGAUUCAAGAGAUAGAGACAGACAUGACAGUUGGAAUCGUGAUAGAGAUUGGGAUAGGGAUAGAGAUCGCCAUCAUAAUUCCAGACGAGAUAGUAGGAGAGAUAGUGAUAGAGGAGAUAGAGAUAGACCAGACAGGGAAAGGGAUAGGCAUGAAAGGGAUAGGUCUAACAGAGACAGAGAUCGGUCUGAAAGAGAGAGGGAGCAUUCAGAUAGAGAUCAAAGGGACGGAGAUAAAAUUGAAAAAAGGAGAAGCAGAUGGGGUUUUGAUACAAAACCAGAGGAUGACAAUGAAGCAGCAAAUAAACAAGAAAACAAACAACACUUUGACAAUGAAAUCCAGAACAAUAACAAUCAAAGUCAAGAAAUUGCUGCACCUACAUCACAGGAAAAUGCUGCUCCCAUAGUACAUGACAAUACACAUGCUACAGUGGAUGAGCAGGAAAAUGAACUUUUAGUAAAAAAUAAUAACUUAAAAGUUUUGACCUCUAGCUCAGAAAAUGAUGUUGAAACAAUACCCAAUGUAGUAGAAUCACCAAAGACUGAACAAACUUCUAAUGUAGAGGUUAAUGUGGGAGAAAGUGUUCAAGAAGAGAGUUGAUUUUAAAAAAGUUUUGCAUGCUUAACAGCAUGAAGGGGCCAUUUUACCAGAAGGGUAUCAGUGUGAAAAUGUAAGAUCUGGCUUUGGAAGAUUACACUGGACAGUUUUAAUCAGGAACUCUUGUUUCAGGCUUCUAUGUUUGAUGUUCUUUUUGCAAACUUUUUGGCAUAUUGAAAACCUUAGUUUAUAUUAUUUGAAAAGGGUAUACAAAUUUUGUUUUAGUGGUCUUUUCAAUUUCUGGGGGGAGGGGGUGGCAUUUAAGGCCGAGUAAUUAAGAAACUGUGUUCAUGAUAAUGUUAGGAGAUCGUAAAAAAGCAGACUUCAUUGGGGGUUUGAUUUUGAUAGGCCCUGUCGACUUGACUGUGAUGAUUCUUUGAAUUACAGAGAUCCCCAUGUAAUAAAAUCUGCUAUGAAGCCAUUUGUUAAGAGAUGAUUCUUUUUGGUGUUGUCAACUAAAAGACCUCUACUAUUAUAUUGCAGUUAUAUUGGAAUGAUUAUUUAAACUGCAUUUUGACUUUUUUUAAUGUAGUGCAAGUAUGGCAAAAUACAUUUCUAAAUUUGAAUAGAUCAUUAUGCAGGGUUAUAUAUUUUGGACCAAAGGUGGUAUUUAAUGCCUGAAAGAUUCACAUUCAACUAAAUCAGUCUUCGAGAGAUUCUUUCAAGGCUAGAUAGUUAAUGGAAAAAACUGGCUCUCCAUUCACAAAGAAUUUUACCUUGAAAAUAGCAACGCUUGUGAAGCCGUCUUGACGUCAAGGCAUUUCAUAAGGACUAAAUAAUCACUUGCCACUUCAUUUUGUCUUAUUCUAAGCCUUAAGACCAGUUCAUUCAUGGUCUUUUUUAUUGCUCCCAGGAAUGACUAUAUCCAUUUAGGUGUAUCAGCUGCAUCUAUUGAGAGAUGACUUCAUCAGCUCCUCAGUUUCUCUAGUUAGCCAUUCUUGUACUGCAGUUAUGUUUAAAGCCAAAAACCUGGGUCAUUUUGUGCAAUCUGGUCCAAUUUGUAAUUGCUUAAAUUUUUGAUGUGUCUUCAUCCAAAGCCAAGUAAUGACCAAGAGAUGGGGGUUAUCAGAUGAGAUCUUUCCAGUUAUGUGUUGGAUGUGAACCUGAAACCAGUAAGCUGAAAGGUUGGUUGAACGGAUAAGAACAGUUUUUUGAAAUCUUUUGCUUGGAGGUAAGAUUUAUGCACAGAUGAGCAGGAUGUACUUGCAUUGACUUGGUUUUAUUAAAAAGGAUACAUUUGACCAAGUGAUUUCUACUCUGAAACAAUUUGUUUCAUGUAAAAACUAUUACAGCACUAAACCCUGAUACAAUAAAAGAUUGACAAGUAGUGAAGAAGUUCUGUUAAUGGUACAGCUACCAACCACGGUGUUGCUUAAUUGUUUUAUAUCUCGGCCUUUUCCCUGUGUAAAUGUUUUUGUGACUUGAUUAAUUUUCCUGCAUGUAAAGAUACGUACAAUGAAACAUUAGUAAUUAUAAUGCUGUUUUGGUUUUUUUCCUUGUGCUGGUUUCCCAAAACAACAACAACAAAAGGUUUGAAGUUGAAGACCUUAUUUUGGCUUACUUAAGGGCUACUCCACUGGAUUUCUUCCACUAAAUUAAAUUAUUAAAGGUUUUCUCCACAUGUUUCAAAAUCCCCAACAGUCAUAUCUGUGCCCUUGAAAACUUACAUUUCCCAAUUCAUACUAAGGGACAAUUAAAACCCUUUAGAUGCAAGAUAUAUCUAUAGAUAUAAAAAAAAAAAAACUGACAUUUUCUUGUGUGAAAUGCAACAAUGCACAUGAUUUUGUAACUUUGACUGGCCAGUCAUUUUUAACCAAUAUAUUAAAUUGAAACUGAAUAAAAAAUUGAAUCCAAGUGCAGGGAUGGGUCAAGCAAUAACUUGUGAAUAGGAAAAUUGCUAUUUACCCUUGGAAAAUUCAUUUUGGUAGAAAAAUCCAGUGGAGUUGCCCUUACAGCUCAAUUCAGGGGAAAUCUGCAGCAGUUCACUUAGAAAGAUUAUUUGUGAAAAAACUGUUACAGUAGCCAUUUCUUUCUGGUUUAAAACCAGCAAGUUUUUCAUUUUAAGGGACAAUGACAGAUUUAUAUGUUAGGUCAAAGUAUACCAAAUUUUUGGUAAAUGAUUGAGAUGGAUUUAUGGCUCAAUGUUAUUUUGUGAAAAUGGGAUGUUAAUCUUCACUACAUAUGAAGACAAAGUGAUGAAAAAUGUGGCAUCUUUAUCAUUCAAAUAGGAAAUUGAAAUUGCAGUUGUUUUUUUUUUUUCAAAGUAAAUGCUUGAAUAAAAGAAUGCGUAAAAAAACUAAACGGGCCUAUUUGAAUGCAAUAGGCCCUUGUUUAUUUCUCCAAUCUGAAUGUCUACAUAUAUUUUUAAAACCAUCCCCAGAACUCCUUGAUCAUUACUAUAAAUGCAGAGUACAGUUUUUCUCAUUAAACAUACUUUGGUAUUUAUUAAGAAUGAGGUGGAUUUAACGAAGUGAGUAGAUUUAAUUGCACUUAAAAUAUGUAAAUAUACCUCUAAAUAAUAAAUAGACACAACCUUGAAAAGAGCAGUAUAACUAAAAUAGCUGUAUGUUUUUCAAUAUACACAAUUCAGUUGAAUAAUCUCAUAAAAUGAGAAAAUACCAUGUUCCUCAAUUGGACAUUUUCAGGCCUGCAUAUAAACUAUUCUAACUCUAACUGUUGAGGUCCCCAAAUAUGUUAGAACUUCUACACAUAAAAAUGCACAAUUUUAAAUGGUGACAAAAGUACCUUUGUAUGGUGGAGUAUGUUUGACUCGGAAACUUAUAAUAUGCAGACUUUAUACAAAAAAAAAAAAAA